UACUCAAAUGCCUUAAAGAAGUGAAGAUCCCAGGACUAUAUGCUGGUCGUUUUUCUCCCUAGAAAUGCUUCUUCUCGUCACACUCCUUCUCUUGGCUGCUCUUGUGGACCAAUCUCUAGGAAAGGAAGAAGUCAAAGGGAGUGGUGUACCUCUAGAGAUCCGGAAGGAAAUCGUUGACAGGCACAAUGAGAUCAGAAGAAAAGUGAAUCCAUCUGCCAGAAACAUGCUGAAAGUGGUAUGGGAUGAGGCAGUGGGUGAAAGAGCCAGACAAUGGGUCAAUCAAUGUAAGCAAGAGAUGAGUCCCAAAGACAGCAGAGAAGGAAAUGGUACUAUAUGCGGCGAGAUUAUAUUUCAGGCCAAUUACAUCAACUCCUGGACGGAAGUGAUCAAGUUCUGGAAUGGAAAAAAAGCAAAUUUCAAAUACGGUGUUGGGAAGAUUGAUCCAGGAGUAAACAUAUAUCCCUAUACGCAGUUGAUUUGGUAUAACUCAUACCGGGUUGGAUGUGCGGCAGCUUAUUGUCCAAACACCAAAUUCCCUUACUUCUACAUCUGCCAGUACUGUCCUGCAGGGAACUUCGACCCUGACUUGGCAAAGCCCUACAAAAAAGGCCCGGCCUGUGGAGACUGCCCUAACAAUUGUGAGAAAAAACUCUGCACCAACCCGUGCAAGUAUUCGGAUGCUUCCCGAGACUGCAAGAGAAAGAAAAGGAUGUUCACCUGUCAGAACCCUGCGUUAAGGGAGGAAUGCCGAGGCACCUGCUCUUGCAAAAAAGAAAUUGUAUAG